AUGGCCGGAAUCGACUUCUUGGCAGAUCCUCUCACCGUUCUACCUCCAGAGAUCAUCCUGAGAAUCCUGGAGUUCACCUCCAUACCCGCACUCGCAUCUCUUACCGCCGUGUCUAAGGCCUGGCAUCAGUUUAUCGACGUCACACACCAAGAGGCCGUCUACGCCGUUGCUUUCGCGAAUAGCAAGCCGUUUGGACAGUCGGCCCGGCUGGAGAACACCACAUUCUCCAAGUUACUCGAAGGUAAACACCCAUGCAAGGAUUUGUGCAAGCGUCAGGCGCUUCUCGCCCGCAAUUGGGCCGAGUCGCAGCCAGUUUCCCGAGAAUCGGUGCUGCAAGUCGGCAAUGAUCCCGUCUGGCGUUUCCGCGCCGACUUCAAGCGUCGAAUCUUCAUCUCGACCUCGCACGCGGGCGGACUAUACGUCACCGAUAUGGACACGGGCGCGAACCUGUGGCGCCUUCCCUCAACGCUGGAUCGUGACGAGGAUGCAGUUCGCCCGUAUGCGCAUCUGGAGUAUCAGGAUGGAAUGGCUGUGUUCGAUCGCGAGGGCGAUGCACUUGAGGUCUGGCAAGCGGACGAAGAAGGCGCCAAGCGUGGCGAGUUCCGGCGCAUCGCGAUCUUGGAUCAUAAUUGUCAGACUCGAGGCUUCCAGCUCUCUUACGGAACACUCUGCGUGGUGUCGACUCAAGGACAGGGUUUCGUGUACGAUAUGACCCAGAGACCCCCCAAGCUAAUAACACACUUGAUGAUUGAGCCAGAUGCUGUCGGUCAUCUGGACCAGAGCCAGGAUGCUGUGAUCUAUUCCAUGGGCCCACGAGGGUAUCAUGUCUACGAUAAAACGUCCGGGUCGUUUUUGGGUGCAUUGCAGCCGUCACUUUGCACGGAGAAAUAUCAUAUCAAUCCACCAGUAACCGGGACCACCUCGACGAGAGCAGCAUUUGCAGGGCUUGCAGAUGCUGUGCGACAGGGUCCUGUACAAUCAAAAUACCGUGAGGGCCCAUCUCGCAAAGACAAUUUGGUCCCGAUCAAGGUCGAAAAGGGACCCCUCCCGUUACCGACCGACCCCGAGCACGUCCGAAAUCUGGAGGACGAAUGGGGAGCUGGCAUGUUACAUGGCGAUCUAUUCGUGGGCUUCUCCCGUGCAGGCCGUGUUUUCGUGUGCUCGAGCUGGCGCAAGGCACUCGAAAGCGAGACCGGUCUGGCGGAGCACAGUGACCUUAUAGAGUGCGAGUCGGAUGGGUCAAGCUUCGAUCUAGGCGGAUGGCUGUCUGUGCGCAACCACCGGGUGAUGUUUGAAAUCCAAGACAGAGCCUAUAUUGUCGCGCUGAAUGACAAGGAUAGAGUACAAGAUGUGGAUUGCCCUGCCCGCGGUUCGUACUCGCUGGUCACCAGCUCGGUAGCGCAUCUUACCGUGCCCGUCAGUUUCAUGGCCUUGUAUGAUGAUGCGAUUAUGACUACUUACACCACUCUCGCGUGGCGUCAAACACUCCCCAAUAUCCCCGGAGUCCCACCUCUACCUGCGGACCAAGGCCCCGCCCGCAUCUUCCCAACGAAAGCUAUCCGCGUGCUCAGCCUAGCGCCCAUUUUCAACAGUAAGACGCUCAGCGCGGACUCAAACACCGAUGAGGCCCAGGGCUCGACCUCAGCAGGGAGAAGUCUAUGGGACUCUGAUCAAGCCCCACCAGGGGUCGAUGAGAUAACAAUUUCACCAGCCUUGAUAGGAAUGAUCACAAUGCUUGGCGAAGAUCUAGAAGAAGAGGAAGAAGAGUACGAUGGGCCGGUCACGUUCACUGACCCCUUUGAGGGGGAAGAAGAGGAUUCCGGUUGGGAGGACGAGGAGGAUGACGAAGCUGAGGGCGAUCAGGAGGGCCAUGACCAUGAUCAUGCGCCUGCAUAG